AUGAUAACGGAUUCAUCGGAAGUGCUGCCCAAGUUGGAGGGUAUCAAAUACUACUUCAAUGUACAGAAAUUUUGUUUUACCGCAAUCGGAGUCGACCUGUUCUCCACAAGGCGAACCAUCUUCAAUGGAUUCCUCUUCUGGAUACCAAAUAUUGUGCAAUUUAUCCUAAGUGAACCCUUGACAUUGUACUCGAUACAAAAUUUGGAAGACAUGAAUUUGGUGACCGAUGCCAUGGCUCCCGUUUGGCAGGUGCUUAUGGCUAACAUGAAAAUGGUUUUAUUUUUGUGGCAUCGACGUGAUAUUAAAAAAUUGGUUAGAGAAUUAUGGGAAUGGAAUUUGGAAGCUACUAAGGAGGAACUAAAAAUGAUUGAAGAAGAAAAUCGCAAAGACACCUUGACAUCGGGUUCUUUCUAUAUGACGGUUUUUUCAACGGGUGUAUUGGCUUUGGUGGCUCCAUUUUUUAAGGCCUUCUAUGGAUAUUUGAAAGGAGAGGAUUUUUGGGAAGUUUUGGAAACGCCACUGAAAGGAAGCUAUUUCAUGGAUCCGAAAGAAACCUAUUUGGGGUAUUUUAUUGCCUAUAUGUGGGCACUGAUAGCAAUCUAUGCGGUGAUCAAUACAACCCUCGCCGUCGAUAGUCUCUUCUCAUGGAUAGUCCAUAAUAUUGCGGCGCAUUUUUGGAUACUGAGAGAACGUUUGAAAUCAAUUGCUGAAUCCAAUAUUGAAGGAAUUCAUUGUUAUGAAACACUGAGGAAAUCCAUUGGAGAAAGUGUUCGUUAUCAUCAAAGAAUUAUAGACAUCAUCGAAGAGUUCAAUGAGGUCUUUAUGAUGAUCGUUUUUGUGAAAUUCCUUAUCAGCUGCAUACAGAUUGCCUUUUUGGCUUUUCAAUUUGUUCGUGGCGGUGAAUUGGCUGGACAAGUUUUUCAUACGUUUUUCCUAAUGUCCAUAUCCAUGCAAAUGAUGUUGUACUGUUAUGGUGGUCAGAGGAUUAAGGAUGAGAGCGCUUCCAUUGCCGUGACUAUCUACGAACAUUUCCAUUGGGAAGUGUUGUGUCCUAAAUCUAGAAAAUUAUUACUCUUACCCUUAGCUAGGGCUCAGAAAUCUUCUAAACUGACCGGAGUUUUCUUUAUUACUGAUUUAAGUUUAUUUUUAUGGGUCUACAAAACGGCAGGUUCGUUUAUGACCCUAAUGAUGAGUGUAUCGGAUGGAGAAAACAAAUAA